AUGGCGAUACUAUCGCAGCUGUUCAGCUUCUCCAGCCUUACCCUUGCCGCGACGGCUGAAUGGCUGUUGGCUAUCAAACUGUUCCCGAACUACUAUAGCUCUCAAACUCACCUAGCUUCCGCGACUCUCAUCUUUCUGGUGAAUUAUGCCUUUGGCAUUUUCUUCUGGGCGAUUCUUUAUCCGAAUUUCUUCAGUCCCCUUCGCCACAUUCCUGGUCCGAGGGCAGUGUUUAGUGCCGCCCAUCGGGCACUCAUCGUCAAGGACAGGCCCGCGGGGGAUCUCUUCUUGGACCUAGCGAAGCAAUACCCGGGACAAGACUUCAUUUCUCUCGAUGCGCUCGGAAACCGAAUACUCGUCACCAGUCCACGCCUGAUGGCCGAUCUCCUCGUCCACAGAUGUUACGAUUUCACCAAGCCUAAAAGAAUCAGCUCAUUUCUACGACACAUCCUAGGCGAUGGCCUUGUCAUUGUGGAGGGCGAUCAACACAAGUUCCUCCGUAAAAACAGCAUGCCUGCCUUUCACUUUCGGCACAUCAAGGACCUGUAUCCAAUGAUGUGGACGCAGGGUGAAAAACUCAUGGCAGCUGUGAAUGAAGAGAUUCAUGGCAAUACCAUUAUCGGAUCGACUGGUUCGUCAGUCAUAGAGUUAAACUCUUGGGCAAACAAGGUCACGUUUGACAUCAUUGGAAUUGCUGGCUUGGGUCGCAAGUUUGACGUCGUUCAGAAGAAAAAGGAGCCCCUCCAAGACGUUUAUGAGCAGCUUCUUCAACCUGAUCGGGAAAAGCUCAUCUUCUCCAUGCUGGCCCUCGCUGUUGGUCUUCCAUUGGUGCGUAUGAUACCAUGGAAGAUGAAUGCCACCUUCAAUCAUUUGACUGCUUCAUUAAGCAACAUUUGCCGGCCAAUGAUCCAAGAAAAGAGGGCUGCAAUCAUGGAUAAGGAAGACGAUCACUUUGACAUUCUCUCGCUUCUUAUCAAAACCGACAACUUCACUGAUGCGGAACUCAAGGAUCAGCUGUUGACGUUUCUAGCCGCAGGUCACGAGACUACCGCCUCGGCGUUUACAUGGACAUGUUACUUGCUUACUCGACAUCCCGAAAUUCAGAACAAACUUCGAGAAGAAGUCGCCGCAGCAUUACCAGCAGACCUGGUGAUCGAUCCGACAGUUGAGCUCGCCGCUAUUCUCGAGCAACUCCCUUACCUCAAUGGCAUCAUGCACGAGACUCUACGACUCUACCCGACGGUACCAAUGACGAUGCGGCAAGCUAUAUGCGACACGCAUAUUGGCGACCAAUUCAUUCCAAAAGGCACCGAUAUCAUCGUAUCCAUCUGGCUUAUCAACCGCUCGCCAGAUAUUUGGGGUCCUGAUGCAGCGGAAUUCCGCCCCGAGCGUUGGAUUACACCCGACGGGAAGCCCAAUCAAAAUGGAGGCGCAAGCAGCAACUAUGAUUUCUUGACCUUCUUGCAUGGGCCACGAAGUUGCAUCGGUCAGAAUUUUGCAAAGGCGGAAAUGCGUUGUCUGCUGGCUGCUAUGGUGAGAUCUUUUUCGUGGUCUCUAGCGAUGGAUGAUGCAUUGGUGGUCCCAAGAGGAGUCAUUACUAUUAAGCCAGAGAACGGCAUGUAUCUUAAGCUCACUCCCCUGGAUAGGCAGUAG